AGAGUCCAGACUGUGGACUGGAGACUCUGAGGUUGGUUCGCUGCAGGUUGUCAGAGAUCAGCUGUUCUGCUCUGGCCUCAGCUCUGAAGUCCAACCCCUCCCACCUGAGAGAACUGGACCUGAGUCAGAACUACCUGAAGGAUCCAGAUGUGAAGCAGCUGUGGUAUUUUCUGGAGAGUCCAGACUGUCGACUGGAGACUCUGAGGUUGUUUCGCUGCAGGUUGACAGAGAUCAGCUGUUCUUCUCUGGCCUCAGCUCUGAAGUCCAACCCCUCCCACCUGAGAGAACUGGACCUGAGUGAAAACGACCUGCAGGAUCCAGAUGUGAAGCAGCUGCGUGAUCUUGUGGAGAGUCCAGACUGUCGACUGGAGACUCUGAGGUUGGAUGGCAGGGUGAUUCACGUUUCCAAAGACAAAACAAGGGACUCUGAUGUGAAACUGGACCCAAACACAGCAGAGAGGAAGAUGGAGGUGUCUGAGGAGGAUACCAAGCUGGUCAAGACUCCAUCAAGCUUCAUGCCUGAACUGAGAACGGAAUCUGCACAAGUCUCAUACAGGUUCAGGUGUCCUGGUCCAGGUGGGUUCCAGUGUACUUUGACUGGACUGGUUUUUGUUGUGGCUCAGGAGGCGGAGCUGCUCUACAGGACUGUCCAAUGGGAUGAGAGCCUCCUCCAGUCAGCUGGAAAGACGCCAGCAGGGCCGCUGUUCAAUAUCCAGUGUCCUGAGGAAGCAGUGUGUGAGCUCCACCUCCCACACUGUGAAACAAAGGACGCGUUGCGUUAUGAAGGCCUGCUGUCUGUUGUCCACAUCAGUGAUGAUGGACUGAGCAUCUUGGAGCCACUGAAGGUCACGGACACUCAUGUGGUGGUGAAGGUCCCUCACCUCUCUGCCUUUGGCCUGGUCUGGGAUACAGUGAAACGGUUUCUGAACAUCAAACUGCCAGUAAACGGACAAGUCCUGCUGUUUGUCCGACCUCCAGAUCCAUGGCCUCCGGUACUGGAUGUAUUUCUGCUGCAGAACAACAUCCCUGUGUCAGAGGUUGCCGCCCAACAAGGAGAUGCUGAAAACAUCAAGAUCUCUGCUGACUGUAAACUGAGCAUCGGUCAAACUUACAGUGUCCACUGUGAACCUGAGGACGUAGAAAUACAGCCUGAGUGUGCAGAGUUUUACUCAAAGUAUGGACCAAAUUUCCAUCCAACAUUUGAGGUUUUCCUGACUUCAGACCCAAAGAAAGUGACUGUGAUGGUCCAAGACAAGAAGAAGACAGAAGUCUGGAAACGUAGUUUUUAUCUGCCAGGUCCAAGAAGGGAAACUGUACAGAGGAGCGUCCCAGCAGAGGACAGCGUCCCAGCAGAGGACAGCCUCCCAGCAGAGGACAGGCUGUUCUUAGUUCGGACACAGUUCAUCAACAGAGUGUCUGACGCUCUUCUAAACCAGCUUCUGGAUAAACUUCUGGAGCGUGGUGUUGUGACUGAUGAUGAAAUGCAGUCAGCCAGAACAAAAACGAGAGCAGAAAAGGCACGAGACGUGAUCGACACUGUGCGAAGAAAGGGAACUGAAGCCAGCUCGGUCCUGAUCGCUGCUCUCUAUGAGGUGGAUCAAUGCCUCUCCAGAGUGCUCGCAUUAAGAUGAAGCAAAAUCCAGAAACUGUGGAGUCUGAGAAAGAAUUUCCUUUCACUGCUACAACGAUAACAUGCAAAUAUAUUUCCAUUGAAUCUACUGCAUCCACCCUUCAUUUCCUGCAGGAUGUGAAAUGCUGGAUGGCAAAAAACCCUA